AUGCGUGUAUUCUUUGCCAUUGGGCUGACAAGUUUCCUGUGCUUUGGGUCGUUGAAGAAGAAAUCGCUGUCGACGUCUGGUGCACUGGCUGCUGGAUUCGUGGGGCUGUCGACGGCCAGUAACGACAACCUGCUCUUCACAGUGGUUCUGGUUGUGUUUUUUGUGACCAGCUCAUUCUGGACCAAGUAUCAGAAGAAAGCGAAGAUGAAGAUCGACCCUGGGUUCGCCCAGGCGUCGCAGCGCGACUGGAAGCAAGUGCUGAGCAAUGGCUUUGUAGGAUCAGUCAUCUCGCUGGUCUACCAAUACUACUUUGAUGGGCGGGAUGUUGCCGAGCUGUCGCUGGCGGAGCGCAGGUUCAUGACCUUGCUUAUCUGGGCAUAUAUUGGGUUCUAUGGGUGCUGCGCAGCGGAUACGUGGGCAAGCGAGCUGGGAGCACUGAGCAGUAAUUGGCCGAUCCUAAUCACCACAUUCAAACCGGUGCCGCCUGGAACCAACGGAGGCGUAAGCAAGCUGGGGUUAUUGGCGUCGUUUGCGGGUGGUGCAGCGGUCGGACUCGCGGCGGACGUGGCAAUGUGGGUGCAGUAUUUCCCAGAGUACCGUUCGGGAACCCUGCCACGCAUCCCGUACAACCUCAUUGGGUCGCUGUUUGGCACGCUGGGCUCGCUGAUCGAUUCGCUGCUCGGGGCAACCAUUCAGGCAUCAUACCUUGUUGACAACAAGAUCGCCACUGACCACUCGCACACGGACCGCACGAAGCUAAAGAAGGAUGCGCGGCUGAUCGCUGGCAUCGACGUCUUGGACAACAACCAGGUUAAUGUGGUCGCAUCGGUGCUCACGACCAUCAUUGCGGCUUCAAUCCAGAAAAUGCUGUUCUAA